UUUAAACGCAGCGAAACCAAGCAAAGUAACAAACAAACACACAUGACACAUCGUUAAGGUCGAAAUGAGUUGCUGUUUGAGAUCACUUGCUGCUGCUUCAUACUUCAGAUCCACCUUCUGAUUCCUCAGUUCAAUGUGAUGUAGAUCCUGCAGGCUUCACCAUGAGUAAAGCAUUUUCAUCAAAGAAAUAUUCCUCUUUGCCCCCAUCACCUACACCAUUCACAGCUGCACCAUCCCGUGCGAAAAAGAAGCCAUGUCCUAGAAGCCCUUUGCAGGAUCUCAACCGCAUUUCCAGCAGCAGCAACAGUAGUUAUGCUUCUUCUAGUGUUUCCACUGAAGCCCCAAAGGGUUGUCUCAGGUUCUUGUCUUCCUCUUCUUUUAGAACCCCUGUCCACAGACCCAAGAGUCUCACCAAAACUCCCAGCUCAGUUCCUCGUGCAGCUCCACCGAAACAGUCUAAAUCUAAUUCUUCCAUGGAGAACCUUCCAAAGGGUAAUGCUGGGUUGAGAACUAAGACACUUGCAUCGGAUAAGAAGCGGACGCAUAAGAAGAACCCGCUGUGCCUCUACCAAUGGCAGUCUGGGAAGAAAUCUGGUUCUAGGACUGGCCAAAAGUCUAAGCCUUGUUCUGCUUUGAAUGAACAUGGCAAGCUUUUACAUAGACUACCAUCUGCAUCAGAGGAGUUAAAGGAAAAGGAGGAUAUCUUGGGAGGGAGAAAUGAUAAUGCUGGUGAGCAUGCCCAUGUCAAUUUGGGUCAUGGUGCUGUAAACUCGACUCCUUUGAGUAAAAAGGUUACUGGGUCGUAUUUGGAGGAUGUUAGAGUUUUUAGGGAUGUGGAGGAGAAUCCAAACUCAAUGGAUAGUAGAACACCUCCAAUUCAUGACUCUCUUUCCCCGGAGAUACAAUGUGGGUCUUCUUUGGUUCCAAAAACAGCAACACCUGCUUGUUAUGGUGCUGGCUAUGUUGUUUCUGGUGUCGUUGACAAGAGGAAAUGUAGGCCUAGAGGGAUUCUCACUGUAGAGAAGAACUAUUCAUGCAGUGAUAAAAUAGCUGCUAAUAGUUUUGAUAAUGAUGAGAAGAAGAAAGUAAUUGAUACUAAUGACCAUGCUAGUCCUUCCUUGUUACCUUUGCCAACUGAAGCUGUAGUGCAUUGGCUUUCUUCUCCAUUUAACAAGGGAAAGAAAAUUCCGAGUAAGGAGUUUGGAAAUGGACUAAAUCAAAGUCAGGGACUAGCAGAAUCCACAACUCUUGCUUCCAGUACUUCACCAUCAUCCAGUUCUAAAACUUUUUGGAAUGUAAGUGAUAACGGUGAUUUGUCUGGUGGUGCUAAUGGUAUCAUGAGAAAAAUCAGUUCUUCAAUUUCUCCAAAUGGACUUGCUGAAUUUCAAGUACCUUCUAAUUACAUAUUAUCGCCUUCUUAUUCAUCCUUAUUGUUUUCUCCCAAUCCCACACCUAUUUGUAGGGCAGGCAGCUCAGGAAAAGGAAAAACUGAUAGAUAUAAUCUCAUUGAUGAGAAUUCUCCAUUUUCCCUGAAUUCAUUUGGUAGUGGAAAUGUUAUUCAAACUCCACAGUCAGAUUCUAGUUCAGAUUUACAUGUUGGAUUGUCAUUGGUGCAUGCAGACAAACGAAAGGAAGAUAUUUCUAACCCUGGCCUUAACUCAUCCAGCAAAAUACUUCUAUCAGAAAGCUUACUUCUCAAUAUUUCUAUGCCCCUGGAGGAUUCUGUUAAUUCAAGUUUCCAAUUUGAUUUUUUAACUAUGCCUUGUGAAUCUAUUGAUCUCAGUAAACGUCCAAAUUUUUUGGAGGGUCAAGAUCCUUGGUUAUCUAGUUCUACAACAGAGAAUGCUUCACAAUCCCAAAUGAGGAUAUCAUGGAGGGAAGGGUUAAUGAGCCAAUUGUAUGAGCUGGAUGAGUUUGACUGCUGUAGAUGCUUGUCAGAUGAAAGAGAAAUUGCCAAUGAAUCUGGUACCAAUAGAUUUUCAGGUCCUCAAGUCAAUAUUGAAAUAAAUGAUGGUAAAAAAUUGAACAGUGAUGUUGGAAUCACUGAAACUGAGGAUACUGAACAGGAAAUUGAUGGCCUUAGCAAAGAAAAAAUUCCAGCUUUAAUAUCAUGUUCAGGUGCUGAGUCCAUAAGCACUGAUGGUGGUAGUCUAGUUGCUCCAGGGGAUGACUCACACUGGACUUUAUGCCACGUGAACAAACCAUUCGAAGUGUGAGUCAACCCCUUCAUUGUUUGAUCCAUUUAUUUAUAAAAUAAAACAACUUGUCAUGUAACACCCCUUCAUUGUUUGAUCCAUUUAUUUAUAAAAUAAAACUUGUUGUCAUAUAACACCCCCUCCCCCGAAAGAAAAUUGUCAGAGGGGCUGAUCUAGGUGGUUAUUCGAACAACUUCUCACCUUUCUCCAAGGCUAUGUAGAAAUACGCCUCACUCAUGAUGUACACUUUGUCUUGGGAAGAAUUUCAACUUGGUGGAGGCAAAUUUUUCUCUACUUCCAAUUUAGGAGUAAUUAACUGCUCAAGUGGUUAAUCAAAUCAAUAGUGGCUACUAGGUAACCAUUCUUUGAACAUGUCAUUAACUGAUUGAGUAAUUAAUAGUUCCUAAACUAGAAAAAUUUUAACGACAUUUUUGUUGUUGUAAUGUACCCUAGUCUUUUUCCUUCCCACUUUUUUUCAUUCUUGUUUUUAAUGAAAUUUGUCUUUCACUCCUA